UAUUCCAUUUAAUAUACCGCUGAGGUUUCGAUUCAGAUGUUAAGAGUUCCCAUGAUGAUGGAGGACAACUACAAGUACCUGGUUUUCAUCGAGUGUAACAACCUUCUUUCAGUGGAAAAAAAGAAGAAAGUAGAAAUAUAUUUUCAGGUUCGGCGAAAAUCAGGAGGAGGAGAAUGUGGACCUUUGAAACAUGUUGCUGACAAUAUCUACAGUGUAGCAUUAAAAAAUGAAGAAGACCAACAGGAAGUGCUAAGGAGAUGCCAGCACACAGUAGAGCUGCCGGAUGGUCCUCUGGUGUUUAUUGUCACAGAAAAUCCACUGACUCCUUAUUCUUCUAACAAUAGCAUCUUCACAGCUCCAGUAGAGAGUCCACAGUUUGUUUCCGACUUAUUUGCUUCAUUAAGUGGACAACAUCAACUAGACCCUGACAAACAUGUGUCUUCUGAGCUCGAAGAACAUACAGAUCCCGAAGAAGAACAAUCGAAAGAGCUCAAUUCUGCUCAACUUCACCUGGAGGAUGGGACUGGUACAGUCAGCCGAAGGCCUCCAUCUGAUCCUGUACCUGAACCUAGUAACUGCAUGGCUGUUGGAGACGAUUACUUUGAUGGCGACCACUGUGAAGAUAAUCUACUAACCCUUGAAACACAGCAGACCACAGAAAGGCAGAGUUCUACGUCAGAUGAAAACGAUUUGAUCGGGCCGAACACUGAUAGUACAGAAUCUUUUCUCAAAUCUGUCCCUGAUGAUCCUGAAAUGAGAAGAAUUGUGAUCCUGGGAAAAACUGGAGCUGGGAAAAGCAGUGUUGCAAACACUAUUUUUGGAGACAACCUGUUCAACGUCUCCCAUGGUUUCACCUCUGGUGAAAGUUCAUGCACAGUAAAAACUAAAUCCAUCAAUGGGAAAAACAUCACUCUGAUCGAUACGCCUGGCUUCUUUGAUACAAACAUACCUGAAGAAAUGCUGAAGUCUGAAAUGUUGAAGUGUAUAACAGAGUGUUCGCCCGGGCCACAUGCUUUCCUUAUUGUGCUUAAACUAGAAAGAUUUACGGAGAAAGAAAAUGAGAUCCUCAAAAAGAUAUCCGAAUAUUUCUCUGAAGACAUUUUUAGAUUUGCAACAGUUGUUUUUACUCAUGGUAAUGAUCUUCUUGAAGGACAGGAAAUCGAACAUUGUGUGAGAGAACAGGAAGAUUUGAGAACAUUUGUAAGGAAAUGUGGUGGUCGGUGCCAUGUCGUAGAUAAUACAAACUGGAACACAGGUUCAAAUGACAUAUACAGGAGCAACACCUAUCAGGUGACUAAGAUACUUGAAUCAAUAGAAGAGAUAGUGAAUGCAAACAAUGGAAACUUCUAUACCAAUGAGAUGCUGCAAACAGUAGACAGAAGAAUACAACAGGAAGUGCAGCACAUUGCAAGGUCCUCAGCAAACAUGUCAAUAACAGAAAUCUGGCAAGAAGCUAAAAGCAGAGUUUGGGAGUUUUUAAGAGAAGCAGGUUUUACAAGAAAUGUACUGUGGAAGGCCUUUUUUGGUGUAGUGGCAGCUGGUAUAAUAGUUGCAGCUCACCUGUAUGCGCCAACAGCAAGCCUAACAGAUUUAGCAGGAGGAACAAUAGUUGGAACUGGAGCAGCAGCAGCACUGUUAGCUUUGUCUCCAAGACAUACACCUUCCAGUUAGCAAUAACUGGUCUUAAGCUUUUUAAAGAUGAUGUUGUCAUUAGGUAAGAAUCAGUGUCUUUCUUUGCAGACACCUGAUUCAAUUAGAAGUGUGAUAAAAACCGUUGUUUCUAGUUGUCUUGAGAAUAGGCAGCCUAAAACGGUUAUCUUAUUACUAUUUGUGGUUUGUAAUGUUGUUAUUGACCCAUUCCCAAAAUAUACAGGGGAUAUUAAAAAAAAAUAGCAUAUGUUGCUUUGUAAUCAAGAAGUGCUUUCUUUGUUCCAGUUUUGUUGUUGUUGUUUAUUAUUAUUAUUAAUUUUAACAAUAGAUGCCAAGCUAAAACCCAAAAAGCUCAAGCUGUUUCUCUAAACAUCAAACAGGUCAUCUGUGUUGUAUUGGGGAAAGCCUGGAUAAGGGGCCUCUGUCCUAAUCAGUUGCUUCUGAGAAAUCAGUGGAUGAUAUAUCGUUUGUUCUCUUAACUUCAGGGCCCCAAUGCUGCAUUUCAAAGUCACCGUAAAACUUGGAUGGGUGAUGACAUCCUGCCGUGAUUUCAAAUCAUUUUCUAUACUUUGAUGGUUUUAAAUGUCAGUUGCAACACUAAAACCCAUUUUUGUGCAGCAGUAAGGAGUUACAGCAGAGAGCUAACAUCAAAUGGUAAAUGGCCUGCACUUUACCAUUAUUAAAUCAUUCCUUUUUCCCCAGGUGUGAUCAAGACUAUAUGAAAUGUAAGGGUAACUGUUCCAAAUCCGACCUCCAGAUCCUUUUGGAAUACUGCAUGAAACUCUUUUUAGUGCUUAAAACAUGUAACUUUAAAACAAAUGAUGAAUGUUUUCAACCCGUGUGUCAGAGCACAGACAUCUAAAGAGUUAAAUCUGCUAGAAUGUGAAUCACAAAUGUCAUGACCCUUGUUGAAAAUUUAUUUUUGGUUUAAUCGUGGAAUUUAUCUUUCAUUCAAAUGAUUUAGUUGUAUUUUAGAUUUACUACUAAAUGCAGGAGAAAUUGGUUAGGAAUAUCUGCCAUGGUAAAGUUUAAUAAUACUCGAUCUAGCCUUGGUUACUUGUCUCGCUUUAUUGAAUUUUAUCACAUUUUUAAGUAAUCUUGAGAUUAGUUUUUAUGAGUUUAUUGUGUUUUCUCUCCCAGGUUUCUUACUUAUAAUGAAUAUUAGCUGUAUAAUUUAUGAUUUUGUCUUAUCUUGCAAUUAAUUUGCUCACUCAGAUCUAUUAAAUCUAUUAUAUUCAUUGCAAUAACUUCACAUCCGGCUUCACCUUUUUAUCUGUCCUGGUUGGAGGAUUUGUGCUGUUCUGUAGGAUUUGCUCAUUAUUUCCUGUCUUUUAUUGACUGGUUUUAAACUGAUAAUAAACAUUAUUCAUUUUAUCACAUAAA